AUUGUUCCUGUUCUUCUUAAGUCAUUUGAAACACUGUCCCUGCGAGUUCUUUAAGUUCCCUGCAAUCUGUACACAAGAGAAAGAGGGAGAGAGAGAGGGAGAGAGACAGAGAGAGCCAGGGACCAGGUAAAGCGGUGGGGCUGCUGCAGCCAUUCUGACCUCAGGAGCUGGAAAACUGCCAAGGAUGCAGAAGGAAAUGAAGAUGAUCAAAGAUGAGGAUGUGCAUUUCAACUUGGGUGUGAAGAGCACCCCCUCCUUUCCCCACUGUCUGCAACCAGUGGCUUCCCGGGGUAAAGCACCCCAAAGACAUCCAUUCCCAGAAGCUCUUCGRGGGCCUUUUUCCCAGUUUCGGUAUGAACCUCCUCCAGGAGACCUAGACGGAUUUGCUGGGGUCUUUGAAGGAGGGGGGUCCCGGAAACGGAAGAGCAUGCCCACAAAGAUGCCGUACAACCACCCGGCGGAAGAAGCCACCCUCGCGCUCCACUCGGAGGAGAACAAAAGCCGUGGCCCUCCGAGCCUCCCUCUGCUCUACCCGCAGCCCCCACGUCCCAAGUAUGACUCUCAGAUGAUUGACCUGUGCAACGUAGGCUUCCAGUUCUACCGCACCCUGGAACACUUGGGGGGCAAAUCUGUCAAGCAGGAGCCCAUUAAGCCCAGCGCCGUGUGGCCCCAGCCAACGCCCCCUCCCUUCCUGCCUUCGCCCUACCCCUACUACCCCAAAGUCCACCCUGGCCUAAUGUUCCCCUUUUUCGUGCCCUCGUCCCCACCCUUCCACUUCAGCCGGCACACCUUCCUGCCCAAGCAGCCCCCGGAACCGGAACCCCUGUUGCCCAGGAAGGUGGAGCCACAGGAGAGCGGGGAGACGAAGCAGAAGGUGGAGAGGGUGGACGUGAAYGUCCAGAUCGAUGACAGCUACUAUGUGGACGUGGGUGGGGCGCAGAAGCGCUGGCAGUGCCCAACCUGUGAGAAGUCCUACACCUCCAAGUACAACCUGGUGACCCACAUCCUGGGCCACAGCGGGAUCAAGCCGCACGCGUGCACCCRCUGCGGGAAGCUUUUCAAGCAGCUCAGCCAUCUGCACACCCACAUGCUGACCCACCAGGGCACGCGGCCCCACAAAUGCCAGGUGUGCCAYAAGGCCUUCACCCAGACCAGCCACCUCAAGCGCCACAUGAUGCAGCACAGCGAGGUGAAGCCGCACAACUGCCGUGUKUGCGGCCGGGGCUUUGCCUACCCCAGCGAGCUCAAGGCCCACGAGGCCAAGCACGCCAGUGGGCGCGAGAACAUCUGUGUGGAGUGCGGCCUUGACUUCCCUACGCUGGCCCAGCUGAAGAGACACCUCACCACGCACCGGGGCCCCAUCCAGUACAACUGCUCCGAGUGCGACAAGACCUUCCAGUAYCCGAGCCAGCUGCAGAACCACAUGAUGAAGCACAAGGACAUCCGGCCCUACAUCUGCUCCGAGUGUGGCAUGGAGUUCGUGCAGCCCCACCAUCUCAAGCAGCACUCGCUCACGCAUAAGGGUGUAAAGGAGCACAAAUGUGGCAUUUGCGGGCGUGAGUUCACCCUGUUGGCCAACAUGAAGAGACAUGUGCUGAUYCACACCAACAUCCGUGCCUACCAGUGUCACCUCUGCUACAAGAGCUUCGUGCAGAAACAGACUCUCAAGGCACRUAUGAUUGUCCACUCUGAUGUGAAGCCCUUCAAAUGCAAGCUUUGUGGGAAGGAAUUCAACCGGAUGCACAACCUAAUGGGCCACAUGCACCUGCACUCAGACAGCAAGCCCUUCAAGUGCCUCUACUGCCCCAGCAAAUUCACCCUGAAGGGGAACCUGACACGUCACAUGAAAGUCAAGCAUGGAGUGAUGGAGCGGGGACUUCAUUCUCAAGGUUUGGGAAGAGGAAGAAUCACCUUGGCACAGUCAGCUGGUGUCCUGAGGAGUUUGGAGCAGGAGGAGCCUUUUGACCUCUCCCAGAAGCGUGGGGUAAAGGGGCCCAUGUUCCAGUUGGAUGGGGAAAGUGCCCGGGGCAGCCCCUGCCAUGAGGAGGAGGACGAAGACAAUUGCUAUGAGGUGGAACCCUACAGCCCUGGCCUGGCCCCCCAAAGCCAGCAGCUUGGUACACCCCAGGAUCUGUCCACCAAGCCCGAGCAGGCCCCCGAGGGGCCAGAGGACAACUGCAAGGAGGAGAAGGAGGAUGUGCCCAAAGAAGAAGAGGAGGAGAGGAGCAAGGACCACCAUGAGGCAGAAGGUGUUCAGGAGCGAGAUUGUGCCCGCAGAGACGAGCGUCUCAGCCUCAGAGUUUUCCAGAGCUCCCRGCGGGGCCCCUCUUUUUCUGAUUACUUAUACUUYAAGCACAGAGAUGAGAGUUUAAAAGAAUUACUGGAGAGGAAAAUGGAAAAACAAGCAGUGCUUUUGGGUAUCUAAGUGGACAGCUUUAAAAUUACAUUUGGAAAAUGAGAAGUAGGCAGUUCAAAUAUAGCUUUCUGCAUGAACUGUCAUUUGCUGGGGACUGACUGGYRAUGCCAGUCCUUACARAUGGCUCAKACUAAAUGAGCCAGCCUAGGUAGUGUAAAUGCUUCCCAGGUCAUUUCUUGGGUCCUUCAUAAUUUUAGCAUGCAUGCAGGGUGUUCACUGUUAUUUUAUGCAUCACCCCUGUAACGAACUAUGCAUAUUCUUUUAGAUUUCUAAUUGUAAGCUGAACCUGAGGUGCUUUCAKAAAUUCUGUUUUUCUUUUACUAAUAUGUAAUACAUGGWAAAUUUCCUUCUAGUUGCAAAACUAUGGUGCUUGAUGAGUUACCUYAUUAAUAACUCUCUAGUCGAGUUCAUGAAAGUGAUAAUAUUUUUCCAGAAAUAUAUAGCUGUAUAUAUAAAAAUAGACUUUGUUAAAUAAUCAGAAAACCAGAAAUAACACAGAAGGG